AUGGAUUCAUGGGAGCGGCAUGGGGGGAACCGGACCAUUUGUCGAAUUUCUUCGGACGACGGUUGUAUAUCAGAAUCGUUUUUCAACACUUACGAAUUGCUUCUGGUGAUCAUCGUAUCGUUGAUCUUCUCGUUCCAUCGCAAUAUCACAUCCACACUCGCAAAUUGGGCGAAGUCAUUUAUCAAGCCCAAGACGAGUCCUGAAGUUUUACGGUUGAGCAGUGAGGUAAAGAGACUGAGGAGUGAACUUGCUGCCAUUUCUCCAACAUCUGAAUUCUCCGCAUACUUCAAAACUGAAAGGCUUCUCAACAAAACUGUCGAGCAGUAUGAUUUGGCAGUUGCUGAGAAUAAUAAAAAGCAGUCAUCUCCAGUAAAGCUCGAAGGUGCAGUACAUAUCGUGUCGCAAGCGGUCGGCCUGCUACUCCUUCAUAUCGUCUCAGGGAUCUACGCGCUUUGUAUCCCAAGCCCUGCACUUUGGCCUCUCAACGUUAUUCUUCGUUUUCCAUCCGUUUGGAGUUCAGACGUUUGUGGUAGCGCAGACUCAUCCCUUUCUCCGGUGUCGAUGUUCGUCUUUAUCAUAGUUUGAACUAGUAGAUUUGUCAGUCUCAUUCUAGAUAUACCGUAUCAACCACGAACACGAUUCACUCCGGAGGAAGACGAGCGAAUUAAGAAGAAUUGGGCAAGGUUUGCUGCGAAGCAUAAAUUGGAUUAUAACUUGGCACCAAAUUACGCAGGUGUUCCUGGCUAUAAGGCAAUAUUCGAUUCCAUAGAAGAGCGUGUGACGUUCAAUACUACCACUAGGUUUUGGCCAAAAAUGUGUCGUAAGUUACCUCAUCGUAGUGCGGUUCAGAUUCGUGGUCGGAUUGGGAAAUUGUUUGAUGCAGCGAUUUUAGAGGGGCAUGCUGAGCUCGCCUACUCGAAAGUCCAUCAAUGGUCAGCACAGGAGACAGAGAAACUUCUUCGGUAUUACAAAAUUUAUGGGAUGUCAGCUUGGGCCAUGAAACAUAUUGGGAAUCAUAUGAAACUCCCAAUUCAUACAUGCCAGAACCAUUUAAGAAGCGUUCUGGCAAGAACUGGACCCGUUCCAGAUCACCUUCGUAAGAAGCUCUGGCUUGUCGUCACUAAACAGUGUUCAUUGCGUGGUGAUGAGAAUUUUGAUCGAACAGUCUCUAAACGGAUUCGGAAAGGUCGCCUAGAAAAUGUGAACGAGUAUGAUCACCUCAUCCCUUGGAAUAUUGUUGCACAGCGAAUGGUGUACUCGGUCGAAUUGGUCCAGGAUGCAUGGCAUCGAUUACUGAGGUUCCUUCGGAGUCAGUGUAAUAACCACAGGGAGUCGGGCAAAAGCUCUAAGGAAUCAUGGAAUAUUGCUUUGAAAGAAGUUUUCGACGCUGUUCCUGCUAUUUCCAGCGAGGACUUUUCCAGCUUUUUGCACAUAUUGAGCGAGGCUACUCCUUACGAAGCUAUAUAUGACGCAUGUAGUAAAAGACUUUACGAUUGGCAAAGUAUCCGAUCUCGACUGGAAGAGGAAGGUAUCGUCGGAUUCUACGCUGGAGGGUGUGAAGAACAUGAGUAUCUGUUCAAGAAAACGCGGAAAGUGGCACAUCGUGCUCAUGGACUCCUCUUCCGAAGACUGAGGCUGCCUUAUACAUUAAAAGAGCGAGUACAUAUUUUAUCGCUGGCUUACGACUAUCAGUGUGGGUUUUCACCAAGAUAUUGCCCUGACGACGAUGAAGAUUCCGUUUGGAAUUCUGAUGUGCCGGAACGUUACCGAUUCAGGAAUCCCUGUCGUAAGAAUCAUGGAUUUCCUGCCUUAAGUCGAAGAGCUUUAGUGGAGGCUUUGAUUGUGUACUCACUGAGCCACUUCGAUGAUUGGAUACCGCCAACCGCUCUUAAACGUUACGUAAAAUCGACGGAUAUCCUCAGCAUGUUCCUCAAACGCAAGGACAAUUCUGAGUUGAUCAAACAAAAAGAUAUCGACAUAGCAAUAUCCUUUCUUGACCUGGAUGUUGGCUCGGAAACAAGCUCUUCAGAUUCCAAAACUGAGUCAAGCAGUGGUUUUGAAAGUCAUAGUGACGAAGAGAAUAAUGAAAAAGCUUCUUUUGGCACUAAAAGUAGUCGGAAACGACGAAGCCUCGAUGAGGAAUCGGAUAAGUGCAGCGAUAGAGCGUUCUCGAAAAGGAAGAUGUCGAACGCUGACAGUGGUGAUCGGACCUUAGAUGGAGCAAGUGCUAAAAUGCCAGAAACUUCGAGACAUCGAGCAACUGCAGCUUCGUCGAAUAGUUUAAAAUCUCAAGGUCUAGAUGUGUCGGUCAAGAAAAAGCGAAGGAAAGAUGAGACAACUGUUCGAGAUUCUAUCAGUGCUACACAUGGUCCUUCAAGAAAUCCAACGACUGGCGAUACCGUCAAAGGAUCCAAUCAGCUUGAUAGCUCAGGCAUCGAAAUCCUGGAUGUGCGAAAAGCUACGGAUUACAGUUUUAAACCAGCUGAUCCAGCUAGACUUAUAGAAAGCCAAGGAAUCGUAGGUUAUCUCAAUGCAUUCCCUCCUAGAAAGAAAAAAACAUAG